AUGGAUUACCACCGAGCGGCAAAUUUGCGGAAGGAGAAUCCGAGAUGGAUACCCUCGCAGAAACAGUAUAAAAAGCACUGUCGAGUAGACCCUCCAACCGUCAACGUCCCUUAUUCCCGAUCUCAAAUCACUAUGCUCAAGUCCAUCUUUACAUUGGCCUCGUUCGUGGCUCUCGCCUCGGCCCAUUACAUUUUCCCCAUCCUCAUCGUCGACAGUGUCGAAACACCCGAGUGGCAAUACGUUCGCCGAACGGAUAACGGUGAUUAUGACAAGACUGGCUACGGUCCUGUCUGGGGCGAUAUGAACCAGCCCGCUAUACGCUGCAACGAUGCCGCCCGAACGGAGGUGACGCAGACUUACAACCUCACCACAAGCAACAGGAUCACGAACAUCUUUCUGGCUCGCGCCCCGGCUGGUGUAGAUGUCGCUGAUUGGGAUGGCGACGGCCAGGUCUGGUUCAAGAUCAAGGAAUGGACCGCUCAUGUCAACCCUGACCGCACCAUGUUCUUCGAGUCUACAAACCAAACCCACUUCGAGUUCGACUUGCCCCAGUCCCUUCCCAGCGGCCAGUAUCUUCUCCGAAUUGAGAAUAUUGCGAUCCAUGCCACUAACGUUGUAGGACGUCCUCUCCAAUUCUUCUUGUCCUGCGCUCAGAUCAAUGUCGCCAACGGUGGAAAUGGUACUCCCGGACCUUUGGUCAAUGUCCCUGGACACUACACUGGAUUGGAGCCGGGACUUGAUAUCGAUAUUCUCAACCCUCCCGUUACUUAUAUUCACCCUGGCCCGGCCGUCUGGCAAGGAUAA